AUGGGAGCGCUGAGGGGAAUCGCCACAAGCCGAGAACUUCUUAUCGGAGUCGCAGUUAAAGUCACCUUCGUGGCGUCGGUUGUGGCAGUGUAUGGGACUUUAUCAGAUUUGCUGUCUGUGGCCAGUAAUAAGCUUGGAAUAAAAGCGACCAGUGUUUACAAUGGAAAAGGUGGACUCAUUGAUGAUAUCGCUUUGAUUAGGGAUGAUGAUGUUUUGUUUGUCUGUGAAGGGGAACCAUUCAUUGAUCCUCAGACUGAUGGGAGACCUCAUGAAGAACUAACAGGGUCACACACAGACUGGUUAACGCUCAAUGUUGGAGGCCGAUACUUCACCACUACAAGGAGCACUUUGGUUAAUAAAGAACCUGACAGUAUGUUGGCCCACAUGUUUAAAGAUAAAGAUGCUUGGGGAAAUAAGCAAGAUCAUAGAGGAGCAUUCCUAAUUGACCGCAGUCCAGAGUAUUUUGAGCCAAUUUUGAACUAUUUGCGUCACGGACAGCUCAUUGUAAAUGAUGGCAUUAAUUUGCUAGGUGUUUUGGAAGAAGCCAGGUUUUUUGGUAUCGAUUCACUAAUUGAACAUCUAGAAAUAGCUAUUAAGAAUUCACAGCCAGCUGAGGAUCAUUCUCCCAUAUCUCGAAAGGAGUUUGUCCGAUUCCUACUGGCAACCCCAACCAAGUCUGAGCUGCGGUGUCAGGGUCUCAACUUCAGUGGAGCAGAUCUUUCACGUCUAGAUCUUCGAUACAUAAACUUCAAGAUGGCUAACCUGAGCCGCUGCAACCUCGCACAUGCCAACCUGUGCUGUGCAAAUCUUGAAAGAGCUGACCUCUCUGGAUCAGUGCUCGAUUGUGCAAACCUUCAAGGCGUAAAGAUGCUGUGUUCCAACGCAGAAGGAGCGUCACUAAAAGGGUGCAAUUUUGAAGAUCCAUCAGGCCUUAAAGCUAAUUUGGAAGGUGCUAACCUGAAAGGUGUUGACAUGGAAGGCAGUCAAAUGACAGGAAUUAAUCUAAGAGUUGCAACGCUGAAAAAUGCAAAACUAAAAAACUGUAAUCUUAGAGGAGCAACUUUGGCAGGAACCGAUUUGGAAAAUUGUGACCUAUCAGGUUGUGAUCUACAAGAAGCUAAUUUGAGGGGAUCUAAUGUAAAAGGAGCUAUCUUUGAAGAGAUGCUGACACCUUUGCACAUGUCUCAGAGCGUCAGAUAGGGAAGAGAAUAUGCCGAAGAGGAAGGAAUCAAAACAUUUAUUGUGACUUUCUUCACCUCCUCCCCUUGUUGAGUUAGAAGUAAUGGUUAUAAGACAACUUACAUUUGCAGCAGUGCCUAAGUAAACUCUUCUUUGAUCACUUUUUGGGGAGGGAGCUUUUGUUUAAGAGGUAGAAACAGACACUCUUUCUACCUUUGUGAACAGAGCGAGGAAGUGGGCUGAUUCUUGAACCAGAAUGCGUGGCUGGUUUUGGGGGGGAGGGUUAAAUAGAUUCAUUGUUUAGCAUUGCCUCACUUUGGAAUGCAUUUUAAUUUAU